CAGAGAUUUUUAAAUCUGCAUUUCUUGUCAGCGAAGAAGAACAGUGGCUCACACGUGUUUACCGAGCCCAGAGAGACACGCUUAGAAUUGCCACAAAAUCGGGUUUCUGGAUUUUGAGCCGAAAUAAAACCAAGUAAAAAUGCCGAAGGUUAAGGCAGAGAAGAAAAGCAGACAGCACCAAGAGGUCAGAAACCAAGUCCUGUCUGUCACAGGGAUCAUGUUCAACACGGGCAUCGGCCAGCACAUCCUGAAGAACCCGCUGAUCGUCAACGGGAUCAUUGAGAAGGCUGCCCUGAGGCCAACAGAUGUGGUCCUGGAGGUGGGACCUGGUACUGGUAACAUGACAGUGAAACUGCUGGAAAAAGCCAAGAAGGUGGUGGCCUGUGAGCUGGACUGCAGACUAGUGGCGGAACUUCAGAAAAGAGUUCAGUGCACACCUAUGCAGACCAAACUUCAAAUACUAGUGGGGGAUGUGCUCAAAACAGAUCUGCCGUUCUUUGACAUCUGUGUGGCUAAUUUACCUUAUCAGAUUUCAUCACCGUUUGUAUUCAAGCUCCUGCUGCAUCGACCUUUCUUCAGGUGUGCAGUCUUGAUGUUCCAGAGAGAAUUUGCAAUGCGACUGGUCGCCCCCCCUGGAGACAAGCUGUACUGCAGACUGUCCAUCAACACACAGCUACUUGCUCGGGUCGACCAUCUCAUGAAGGUUGGGAAGAAUAAUUUCCGCCCUCCUCCAAAAGUGGAGUCAAGUGUUGUCAGGAUAGAACCAAAAAAUCCUCCACCUCCAGUUAACUUUCAGGAGUGGGAUGGGCUGGUCAGAAUAGCCUUUGUAAGGAAAAACAAAACCCUCAGUGCAGCUUUCAAGUCCACUGCGGUAGAACAGCUGCUGGAAAAGAACUACAGAAUCCACUGCUCUGUACACAAUGUGGAAGUCCCAGCAGAUUUCAGCAUCAGCAAGAAGAUUGAAAGCGUUUUGCAGGAGGCUAAUUUUUCCGAGAAGCGAGCCAGGAUCAUGGACAUUGAUGACUUCAUGGUACUGCUUCAUGCAUUCAACUCUGCAGGGAUCCACUUUUCUUAAAGAGAGAGACACUCGCGUGACUGUUCUAAUGAUGGUGGGAGAGGCUGAAAAGAAACUGAUCGUCUGACAAUUAGUGCCUCUCGAAUUCCCAGUUUCUCAAGUUUUGAAAUAGUUUGAUGAGAAGUGCAAAGAGUAUUAGAGGAUGCAUUUAAAAAGCUCAUAUUGAGUUUGCUAUUUUACCAUAAUGACUAUAGAUAAGUGUCCUUGGGAAUGCAUGGAUGGAAUUUAUUUCAAAUGGAAGCUGUAUAACCCCUUUUGAGGGACUGUCUAUGUUUGUGUUUGUGUGUCUUGUAGAGUUGUUCAUUCAUUGAAAAUGCUCUGUACGAGAUGACUAUUCAAAGCUAAGUACAAUGUACAAUUUUUUCUGAUGUACAUCAACAUUACCUCCUCAUAUAAAAGGUUAAUACUUAACAAAUGCAGAUUUGAGUGAGUGUGCAGUCUCUUAAAAUAAAUUGUGAUUGUCCACAACA